AUGCUAGAUGGAAAUGCCCACACCUGGUGGGAAUCGGUAGUGAGCAGUGUUCCUGCUGAUCGUCUGACGUGGGAUUUUUUCAAAGAGCGAUUCAGGAAGCGUUUCCUUAGAGAGCGUUAUUUGGCUAAGAGGCGACAACAGUUCCAGGACUUGGUGCAUGGAGAUGUGUCAGUCUCCGAGUAUAAGAUGGAAUUUUUGAAGCCGCUGAAGUAUGGUGCUAGCUUGGUUCCCACUGAGAGGGACAAAUGUCACAAGUUUGCUUUAGGACUCAUAUAUGAGUUACGUAGGCCUAGGAGGUCUCCUGGCCCGACCGAGUCUUCGGUACGUCCUGAGAAGAGGACUCGUACUUCAGCCCCCCAUAGGACUAAUACCAGUUCAAGGGCUGCAGUACCUCCACCCCCAGCUGUUAGUCGAGGGAGUUCAUCGAGUUUGCCUCAGGCUUCCGUUCAGACCCCAUCUAGAGGUCAUAGCCAGGGAAAGACUCCUGGAAUAGUGUCCAUGACAUAUAGUAGAGCCCGAUCCCAACAGAGCAUAACACCAGCAGUAUCAAAGGCCAGACAUCCAGCUCUGGUGUAUGCCACCAGACACAAUGGCUCCACCCACUCCUAUAUUUCGAGUUCAAUAUCCCGAGACCUUCAUAUUCCAAUUGAAGACACUGAGAAUGUUGUUACUAUUAUAACUCCAGUAGGACAAUCAGUGGUUGUGAAUAAGCAUUGGGUCAGUCUGGAUUGCGAGUACAAUAGAGCUACUCUAAAGACUUCAGAUGGUCGGACUAUCGUGUUAAUUGACGAACUUCGAGGUUAUCUUUCUAAUAUAGUGUCAGCUUUGGCUAUUGAUUGGAUGAUCCGAAAGGGGUAUGAUACUUUCAUUGCCUGUAUCUUGAACACUAAAGGCUCUCUGUCCAAGAUUGAGGAUAUUCGUACAACUAACGAGUUUUUCGAUGUCUUUCUUGAGGAGUUGCCAAGAUUACCUCUGGAUAGAGAGUUGAAGGUUAAGGGGUCAGAUGUUGCGAAGACUGACAUCUGCACUAGAUUUGAGCAUUAUGAGUUCCUGGUGAUGCCAUUUGGUUUUACAAAUGCUCUCGCAGCUUUCAUGGAUCUGAUAAACCAUGAGGGGAGGGUAGUCGCUUGUACGUCCCGUCAGCUGAGGCUGCAUAAGUGCAAUUACCCGACCCAUGGUUUGAAGUUUGCAACUGUGAUCUUUGCUUUAAUGAUCUGGAGCCACUAUCUCUAUGGAGAGAAGUGUUACAUCUUCAUUGAUCAAAAAAGUCUGAAGUAUCUUCUGGCACAUAAGGAACUUAAUCUGAGGUAG